UAGCGGUUUUUUUAUUUUUGUUGAAACUUGAAACUUACACUGUUAUCGUGGCGCGCACAUCAUUGAUUGUGGAAGUCUGAAGCGCCAAAAGAAGAAGAGAAGCUGAUUUCAGGUUACAGCUUUCUUCUUAUUCUUCUUCGUUUGCAUCAGUUUGCUAGGAAAAGCACCUUGAAGCAUGGAUCUUGAGAAGAAGCGCAAAAAGCUUUGCAAGGGAAGGGGAAAGGGAGAGGGAAAAGUUGAAGUUGAGAGCAGCUUCAGUAUAUGUGAUCUACCAGAUGCGAUUCUCCAGCUUAUCAUAUCCUCCCUUCCCACAAAAGAAGCAAUUCGAACGAGUAUACUCUCCAAAAGAUGGGAGCAUCUAUGGAGGGAUAUCUCCAAGAUUGAGUUGGAAGAGGGAGAAGUUGAGGAAAGGCGGCAAUUCAUGCACUUUGUGACCAGAUUGCUUGUAACUUGUAAUUGCUCCAGUGUUAAGAAGUUUUCUCUGUCAUGUAUCGUUGGUGAGGAUGCUAGUCUGGUUAACGAGUGGCUAUCUGGUUUCAUCAACCCUAAGAUUGAAGAAUUAUCUCUUCAAUUCGAAGAAAUUCCAGAACCAUUAGUCUUCCCUGACCAACUGUUUACCUGUGCCACAUUGACAGAGUUUAAAUUGGAUAUGCAGCAUGUCUUGAAGCUUCCUUCUUCCGUUCAUUUUCGGUGCCUUCGGACUUUGACUUUGUCUAACAUUAUAUUCAGUGAUACUUAUUCAACACAACGGCUUUUCUCUGGUUGCCCAGCCUUGGAGGAUUUGUCCCUAAUUGAUUGCAAUUUGAAGAAUGUCGAAGUUGUUUGUAUUUAUUCUCCUUUGCUUCGACGGAUUUAUACACGGGAGAACGAAGAUGAUAUGUUGGAUGAAGAUGAUGAUGAUGAUACAGGUGGUCUGAAUGUUGCAAAUUCCUGCAAAGUACUGAUCGUCGGAACUAAUCUGAAGUCAUUUACGUAUCACGGCGAUUGUAUGAAUGAAUAUUUCUUAGUUCAUUCAACCUUGGUGAUUGAUGCAUCUAUUCAGGUUCAAGUACCUCCUGAAUGUUAUUGGGACAGGGACAACACCUGGGAAAUAGAUUCAGGCAAUUUCACGUUCAGACUUCUCAAAAUGCUCCCAAAUGUGGAGAAGCUAUCUAUGUCUGAGACUUCUAUAAUGGCACUCAGCAGAACAACAUCUUUACUCGGGCAACUGCCUUUAUUUUGUAAUUUGGCUGAACUAGUUCUUGACCCACUGUCGUCCAUAGAGUUGUCCUAUGCUGCAUUACUGACCCUACUGCGAAACUCGCCUUGUCUUCAAGUUAUUAAAUUUCAGGGAGGGUUGUCUCUGGCCAAAGGUGAUGCAAAUUGUAUAUUUGAUCCCUUGCCUGUGUGUUUUAGUACAACCCUGAAGAUGAUUGAGAUCAGUGGCAUUACUGGAAAAAAAGAUGAGUUAUUUGCAAUAAAAAUUUUGUUGCAAGCAGCAUCAGUGUUGGAUAAACUUCGGAUUUCUUGUUAUUGGUUUUCGUUUGAUUUGGAUGACAGACGUAUAGGAUUAAAGAGAACAAAGGAAUUGUGCAAGCAGAUCUUGAAAUAUCCUAAGAGGUCAAUGGAUUGCGAGAUAGAAUUCGAAUAUAGUUGAGCUAUUAAGCUUUAUGACUUAUGUUUUGAUACGGCUGUAGAAUUUAAAGACUAGCAACUUAGCAAGGAUUACAAAUGACGUAUGUAGUUUCUAGGUUUCUUAAAAUUUGCUCAGUGCCAUCACAAAUCCAUUAGUUUUUUAUAAUCUAUUAUAUUUUUUUGCAUAUUGUAUUCCAUUAAAGAUCAGUUAUCCGGAGGUAGGCUUGACAAAGUUAAGGGUGGAAAAAGUGCUCAUUUUAUGUUAGAUAGUUUUAUUUGCUGGUUCAUGAAUAUUUUAGAUGGAAUAGAUUCUUUCAAGAUUUUCCGGUAACAAUCCUGUUAGAUAACUAACUAGGUAUAAAAUUUUAAAUUUUUAAAAAUAAAAUUUUUAAAUGGAAACGAUCUCUGUAGACAUGAUUCAUGACAGAGUUCAAUGAUAUCGUUGGAUUCAUGUAGCCGACUUCAUCUAGUAGGACAAGGUUUUGUUGUUGAUGUUUUAAAAAUAGAAUUUUAAACUUGUAACUGUUUUUUAAAAAUAAAAUUUUGAAUUUUUAAAAAUAAGAUUUUAAACUUGUAACCACUUCAACUGUUAGUCCAAGUCCAUUAUACAAUCUUACUAGGUAUUCAAGUUGGCUGGUAUCUUAGUUAGUUCUUUUAAAGUGUGUGUGGUUGGAGGAAUUAUAAAUAAUUUCUAGGAAUUUUAAUAUGGGAAUAUCAUAUUCCCAUAUUUGGUUCAAAGUUUGAAAAACUAUUCCUAAGCAAGUUUGAUUUUCGGGAAUCAAAAUAUCAUCAUUUUAAUUUCCACCUUCUCCUUGGGUAUCUUUAAUUCCCAUGGGAAUGGAAUCUUUGUAACAAAGUAAUACUUGAACC